AUGUCUAGUCGCACGAAAAAAAUUUUGGAAUUGGCCAAACUAGCUCAUUCUAGCGAAAAUAAUACUGAAGAAAAUGAUUAUUCUCUUCAAGAAAUCAGUGAAAUUGAACUAUCAGGAAAUAUUCUUUUAAAGAAAGCCUUAUCUCCAGAAGAUAUUUCUAAUAUCAUCAGAGAAGUCGAGAAUGUCUUUGAUAACGAUAAUGCCAGCGAUAAUCCUGAUAAUAGUAUUAAUAGUGCUGAAAAUCACAAUCACAAUGAACAAUACCAUCCCGGAAUCGGAAAUAAUGAAACCAUACACGAGGUUAACGAAAUUGGAACACGACAACUAGAUGAAGCCUUAAGUUCAGAAGAUAUAAUUACUAUUAUCAAUGAAGCCGAGAUUGUCUUUGAUAUUAACGAAAAUCCAAGCGAUUGUCAUAAUAACAGUGCUGUUUUGUCAGACAUAACAAACGUGGUUAGUUGGCAAAAAGAAAAUCAAACUCACGAUAAACAAUCUCAUCUCGUAAAUUUAGCAUGCAAAGCUCAUAGACCAGAACAAACUGACGUUUAUGACAAUGAUGACUACAGCCCAGAAAGUGAAACAGACAGCGAAGAAAGUAUGGAAAUCGAUGAAGAUGAAAUACAGCUACAGGUCAAUGUUAUUGAAGAUGAAACUGAGAAUGAAAAUGGAACAGUGAAGAGAAAUGAAAAAAGAACAAAUAAGAGGUAUAUCAAUAAGCAAUUAAGAAUGGCGGGAAAGCGGUAUUUAGGGUUUAGAAAGCCACGGAAUCAAAGCAAUACGUUUCAUGAUACAACAAGAACAGAGAGAAAAUUAGGUGCCAGGUGCAGCUGUAAACAAAAAGCCAAAGAUCCGACAAGAAAAUGUUUCAAGGUGACGGAAGGAAUGCGCCAAGCUAUUUUUCAAAACUUUUGGUCUAACGUGACGUGGGAUCAACGAAAAGUGAACGUCAGUAAUACUGCUAAAGUGACUGAAAAGGCUAGACCAAAAGAAGCAGAAAGCUCUCGACGAAAUAUAACCAUCAAAUAUUUUUUGAUUUGUGGAAAUGAAGAAGUACCCGUGUGUAAAAUCAUGUACUCACACACUCUUUCUUUGGGAGAAUGGACUAUCAGAUCAUGGACAACCCAAAGCAAUAAUAGGAUGAAUAAGAGUACUCAGAUAGAAUUAAGUCAACAUAAUCCAAGAAAUUAUUUGUUUAAAGAAGAUCGAGAUUUCCUCAUAGAAUUUCUCACUAGUUUAAACAAACUUCCCUCGCAUUAUUGCAGGAAGGAUACUGAUAAGCUUUAUUUAGAACAAAAUUUUCAAUCUUUUGCUCAACUUCACAGGGUCUACGAAAUUAAGUGCCAGGAGAAUGAAAAAAAACCUUUAUCUACUAAGACAUUAACAAAAAUGGCUGAAGAAAUGAAUCUAGCGCUAUUUCGUCCAAGGCAAGACCAAUGCGAUAUCUGUUUCAAAUACAAAAAUGGCAAUUUAUCUGAAAUGGACUACAGUGAACAUAUUAACAUGAAAAAUAGCGCCCGAAAGGAGAAAGAAGAAGAUAAAAAAAAAGGCCUUAGAAGGACAGUGCAAUGUUAUUAUAGACGAGCUACUUGUUACUGGUACGACGAGACUAACGCGGACGGUCAAGCAUCUACCUACGCAUCAUUUCUUGUAGACUACCUGGAAGAGAAUUUUCUGAACCCAAGUAAUCCAAUGAUUCCUAUCGUCAUUUACUCCGAUGGGUGUACUGCUCAGAAUCGCAAUUGUGUAAUAUCUAACGCUCUACUUCACGUGUCAGAAAAAUACAAAGUGUGUAUAACCCAAAAGUAUCUAGAAAAGGGUCACACUCAAAUGGAGGUUGACUCUGUUCACAGUGCUAUAGAGACCUCACUCAAAAAUAAAGAGAUUUACUUGCCCUGUGAUUACCUACGGGUUACUAAAGAAUCUCGUCAGAAGAAUCCUUACAUAGCCAAAAGCAUGGACUAUUCGUUUUUCAAAAAUUACGCUCAUAAGGAUUACUUGAAGUAUAGUUCAAUUCGGCCUAGCAGAACGGGUGGAGACAGCAAUGUUGUUGAUAUACGUGUACUUCAGUAUUACGAAGAUAAAAUUAGAUUCAAGCUGAACUUUGAAUCUGAAUUUAAAGAUUUACCAAUCAGACCAAAGAUCAUACAGUUAGGCAACGUCAUAUUUCCCCAACUUUUCAGGCAAAGGCUACCUAUUUCAAGCAUCAAAUACUCGCACCUGCAAGCGAUUAAGCAAGUGAUACCAAAAGACUGCUGGGGGUUUUAUGACUCCCUUCCUCACAAAUAG